CUCAGAAGGCCGAGCGGGGGCGGGGCUCCCCCUGCCGGCUAUUCCUGAGAACAACGCCGCUGGAUCGGAGCUCCGUCAGUGUGCAAGUGCCCAGGGGCGCUCGUCGCGCAUGCGCCGCGUCGUCGGGAGAAGCAACGGGAAGAAUCUUCGGGCGGUGCGGGCGAAGAACCCGGAAGCGCGGCGCCGGGGAAGCACGUGGGGAUGCUGCGGUCCUUUGCCACCCUGAGCCCUUGGCAGGUGCCACCCUAUGCUGCGUUCCACAGAAGCCUCUGGGGGACACCCAGCGGGGCGGUCUGUGGAAGAGCCAGGAGCUGUCUAGCUCCCCCCUCCUGCUGCAGCCGCCUCGCCCCUGAUGCAGGGCACCUGGCACCCGCGUCAAAGGCCCAGGACAUCAGCAAUGGUGGCAUUUCUGGCCAUGCCCAUUGGUCAUCCCGGGAUCUCCUUCCUGGAGGAAGAGGGGCCUUGUCCAGGAUCAGGCCAGGGUGGGGCGGAGGUCGCUGGAGGUCUUUCUCCCAAGGACCCCCGCCUAGCCCUGGCUCCAGCCCGCACAUCAGGCUGCGGACUCGGCUGCUCGUCACCUUCCUGUUUGGAGGCGGGAUCCUGGCGGCUUGGCUGUACCUGCGGGCAGAGAAGGUGCAGCAGGAGAAACUGAGGCGCAUUGAGGAACUGAAGAAGGUGGCCAUUGGGCAAGGGGAUUUUCGGCUGGUGGACCACACGGGGCGGCCCCACUCCAAGGCUGACUUCAGGGGCAGCUGGGUCCUGCUUUACUUUGGCUUCACCCACUGCCCCGACAUCUGCCCGGAGGUGUUGGAGAAGAUGAGCCAUGUGGUGGAGCUCUUGGACCAAGAUGUGCGGCUUCCCCAGGUCCUGCCCAUCUUUGUCACAGUAGACCCAGAGCGGGAUGACGUAGAGGCUGUGGCCAAGUACGUGCGGGAGUUUCACCCACGGCUCCUUGGGCUGACGGGCACCCCUGAGCAGGUGCGUGAGGCCGGACAAGCCUACCGGGUCUACUACAGCUCCGGGCCCAAAGACGAGGAUGGCGAUUACAUUGUGGAUCAUACAGUGAUCAUCUACUUGCUUGGCCCAGACGGACUUUUCAUGGAUUAUUACAACCGCAGCAAGACCGACGCCCAGAUUGUGCAAAGCAUCAAGGGCCACAUGGACACCUACAAGAGCAUCUUUAGCUGAGCCAGGCCGUGCAUGCUCCACAACAGGCAGCCCACAUGUGCAGACCCUCUGCCUCUCCUCCCACCCCGCCAUCAGUGUCCUGCAGUUUUCUCUGCAGGUAAUAGGGUCGGUACUAAACCCAUUAAGGAUCCAGGAAGGCUGGCUUGUAAAGAAUCCUGCCUGUCAUUGGGGUGAAUUGCAAAAGUCGUGCUUUCUUCGUUGCCCUGAUCCUCAAGUGCCUUUGGCUCCUCUGUGCUCCCCUAAGAUGGGAGGGUCCCCAGCUGGAGGGUGGAGGGGCUGCAACUACUUUUGGGCUACAGCUUCCCCUGAAAUCCUGUUGUAAUCUGUCUGUUGCCUCCCUUAACCUAUAAGCAGUCACAGGAAGCAGAGAGCCCGGCUUUCAGCCCUUGCAAAGAGAGAAUGUCGUGCCCUGGCUGGGAGUGCUGGAUGGGGGUAGGGCAGGGUGGCAGAGAAGGGUGAAAAGAGCUGGUGAUGGCCCCUGCUGAGCAAAUUUGGGGACUUGAGGUGCAGGGACCUCCCCGUUCCUCGCGUCCAAGAGCCUUUAACCCAGCUGCUUAUAGGGCAUCCUGGAGCGAGGCCACAGUGUUUGCACCAAGGAGAAUGCAAAGCAGAGAUGCCGGUUAUAUUUGGCUUGGGUGAGGUCAGCUCAGAGCUUUGUCUGCCGAUAUCUGGCCUCUGUUCCUGGGCUGUGGCCAGGAGGGGGCCCUGAGAGCAGGCUGGGUGACACCAGCAGCCUCAGAGCCACACACGGCCUGUUUCUGCCCAGGGAAGCUUUGCUUACACAAACCGUUUGUACACCUUCCUCCCGAUUCUGUUUUGAGCCUUUUGCUGUACUUGGAACGUGCCUGGACUGAAGGGGAACUUCACACUGUUCGUUAUGAAUACAGUGCCUAGUUGCUUAUUGUGUGUCCUUUUCUGUUGUCUCCCUCUUUGUUGGUUUCAUGCAUGGUUCAUACUGCGGUGGCCUGCUAACAUUUCAGAGCGCGCUGGAAGGCCCUCUGGCAGUGGCUGAGCUCCACUGGAUGCCUUUCAAGUGGUUGAACCCGUCGGAACGAUUUCCCACACCAGGCCCGCCUCCUUUCCCUCACCAUAAUGGUACUUGCACACAGUACGCACAGCCGGGCUGCUUCAUCUGGCUUUCAGCCUGAAGGUCUCUUCUUCCCCUUUCCCAAGCAGCCACUUUCUCCUUUGUCUCCCUCUCAAGUUCUGCCCCAAAUCCCUGCUGCAGCCUGUGCCACCAGAGCCCCGGGGCUUUUUUUCCAGCGGGAACGCUGUGGGACGGAGUUCCAGCACCUCUUGAAAAUGGUCACUUGGCUGGUGGCCCCGCCCCCUGAUCUCCAGGCAGAGGGGAGUGUAGAUCGCCCUCCGCCACUCCAGCAGCAUGGAGCGCAAUCUAAACUCCCCCUGU